UGAACAACACUGCCGUCUGCCAGCCAGCCUGGCAUUAUAUUUCCGAACGUUUGCGUGCUAUAAAUACACUGCGUGCUUUCUAUUGUUUGAAAGAGAGAGAUAGCACUGCACAUAUCAGAAUUUGAAGAUUUAGCCAACAAUGAGAAGAUCAGGUGGCGGUUUACAGCUGCAGACAGCAUUGGCGGUCUUUGUGGUCCUGGCGGCGAUGCUAACAUGCGCUGUGUGUAGAAAUCCGGUGCGUUACCUCGUCGGCGGUAAUGAUAAUAGGUGGAAACCUAAUGUUAACUACACCAAUUGGUCGCUUCAGCAGGUUUUCUACGUCGGCGACUGGCUUUAUUUCGUGUACGAUAAGAACUUGUACAACGUGUUGGAGGUGAACGAAACAAGCUACAGGAACUGCAGUGAUCAAGGAUUCAUCUUAGACAUCACGAGAGGCGCAGGGCGUGAUGUGUUUGAGCUCACUCAACCGAAACGAUACUAUUUCCUUUCAAGUGGAGGUUACUGCUACAAUGGAAUGAAAGUUAGCAUCAAUGUGGUUGAAUUCGUUCCUGCUCCUCAAGGUUCUCAGUCCAGUAUGAUUAGAUGCAUUAAUCCGCUCGUUUUGUCGAUUGUGAUCGUUGUUUGGGCUGUUUUGGUUCGCAAUCUAGGUUUCACUAUAAUUCGCGCUUAAUGUUUAACGCCUGAUGUAUGGAUUCGAGUUCUUGAUUGUUUUGAAUAUCUUGAUUUUAUGUUUGUGCUGAAUAAACCCGUGUGAGAGGGAAAUUAUUGUUUUUAGUAAAGGACGUGUUCCUCAA